UUAAAACUAUCAAAACAUCUUAUAUUAUAAAACAUAAAUCUUCUUCAAAACAUCUUAUAUUAUGAAACAGAGAAGUAUAUAAUUAGAGGCGGCCUGAAACAUGGGCAUCAUCCGCUUGGCCCAAGGACCGGCUCUGAUUCUAUCUAUCAGAAUGUGUUUCAUUGACAAGUCUACACUCUUAGUUUUGGUUUCUAGGCUUUAUUUCUACACUAUACAAUUUCUUAUAAUGUAUAGCUACAGCAGCUUCUUCUUUUUUUGACAAACAUGUAUAGCUACAGCUUAUUUUUAUGUUUAAAUUAAGAAACGAAGAUAUGUUUAUGAUCUGCGAUCAUAAUAAAGAUCCUAUGAAUCUCGAGCAUUAUUGCAAAUAAAGAGUUUGGAGGACCACUUAUCAUGGGCCAUUGUAGUUUUAGUUAAAAACUUAAAAUCCACAUAAGUAGUCUUCGCGCGUGAUCGGAGGAUCUUCUUGCUUUAAUUUGCUUCACGCUAAUCAAAGUUUACCAUAGUCUGAUUAAAACGGAGUUUAAUAAGGAACUCAUACCUUUAAUUUAACCAACUUCAUUAAAGGUUUCUUAAUCAUUCUUUUGCUCGCUUUCUACGUAUGUCAUUGUUCUUUUACAGCACAUGAAACAGAGAUUAGGUAGUACUAUUAUAUUCGUACAUUGGUUAACUGGUAAUUAGACAACUAUGCACAUCUAUGAUGUGAUGCUUGUCACUUGAAAGUUUAGUGAUAAAACUUGAUGUAAGGAUAGUUAUUUUAUUCGAGAUUCUACUGAAUACUGAUUCGAUUUUAAAUGUCAUAUGAUAUCGUCAGUGAAAAUGGUCUAAAACCUAAUAUUCGCUAAUUGGAUUUGUUUUCUACAUAUUAUAAUUCAUAUCAAAAUUAUAGGUAUGUAUAUGUUUCGUGAAACAGUAAUCUAGAGUGGUCCCGUAUAAUUAUUGGAGUAGUGUAGAACGAGUUGUGUGCAAGUCUCACUUAUCAUAAUGUGGUUGGAUCUUAAUUCUCCUACCUUGUUUGCAAUGAUGAGAAGCAUUUCCAAGUUGAAUAAUUAAUUUAAUUUUCCCCACCUAACUACAUUUGUAAAACAUAUCCAACCCCACUAUAUUUUUCACUCUAAAAUAAAAUUUAAAGUAAAAGAUGCUUCAAUGGUACUAUAUUUCUCACUCUAUAAUAGAGUAAAAAAUAGGUUUAUUCCAAAUAUAGAGUAAUUUGUUUUUUUUUGUUCAUCACUCUAUUUUUUACUCUAAAAUAGAAUACCAUUAAAGCAAACUCAAAUUCUGUUAUAGAAUUACUCUAUUUUAGAAUAAAAAAUAGAAUAAGUCAUUGGAGAUGGUCUAAAUACAUCAUAUACUUGUCACAAGGGUAAAUAUUUCAUUCUGUAGUUGUAAAAUAUAGUUGGGGAAACAAAUAUUAUUUUUGUAAUACUCCACACUCUUAGAUAAGUUUUAAAACUACAAAUAAAAAAUCACACAUUUUAAACUAAAAUUUAAUAACAAAUUUGCCUAGAUAUCACUAUUUCUUGUAUAAUUAUAAUUAUCUAGGUAGAUAAACCGGUUAAUUAAUCAUCUAUUCAGUUAUCAAGUUAAUUGCAGAACAAAUCUGUAUAAAUAUAUGCCCUUUCUCGAAAAAACUGUAUAAAUAUAGUUUUUACGUUUAGCACAAAAUGCAUGUAUAUUAUGGACAACCACGUCAUAUCACUUAUAUAGUACUAUAUGAUUACAGCUAAUUAACAACUAUGAUUGUGGGUUUUGACCAAAUAAUUUAAAGGUUGACCAUGUUUAUGGUUGUUGGGGGUUAGUUGUCCCAUAUCCUAUAAGUCUAUACACAUUUUAUAAACAGCUGUAGCUCGAACUUUAUGCACAUUUUAGUUUAUUUUAUUUCUAAUGAAUUAUAGAUUAGAUUCCCUUUUAUUCGUUAUGUUUCCUCCUAUGACAUUGAUAUAUAAUACUAUACUUUUAUAGUCUAGAUUAUUUUGACCAGAAAAAUGUUGCUAUUAUUUUCUGUGUGUUUAUAACACAAUUAGCAUCCGUUACUAGUUGCGAUUGUUAGUUUGUUUCUACCCCCAUCGUUAAUUCUCCGUUAAUAAUCAGUAUAUCUUUGAGUUAAAUUUAUUUAAAACGAUCAAUUUAUACCAACAAAUACAUGACUAACAAUUUGUAAGAAGUGGGAUCGUACCUGUUCAUACUUCUGAAACAAUUUUUUUUUUGAAAUUGUCAAAAGUCUUGCGAAGUUUACCUUUGUUUUUCAGAAAAUGACAACACAGCCAAAUAGUAUCACCUAGAUUUUAGGAUCCUCAUAAACUUUACGCACUGUAAAUUCAUUACUUGCAAAUUUCAAUAAAGGACAAUUUCUUUUCUUCUCAAGUUGCAUUGCUGAUAUAAAACAAUAUGUCCCUCGUGCCACAUUCCACUUAUUUUAGAAAACUUCAAACUACCGUUCAAUUCUGAGAAAUGAAGAAAGGGUUGUGUGAUCACAACCUUAUUCAAGACUUUCAAGUGAGUCUUUUAAAGAAAUAUAACCCUUAUUAUAAACUAGACACAUUAAAAGAUUAGAAAGGAAAAUAGUAAAAAAUAAUAAAAAUAUGUUGCUUGGAUCCAACGGCUUAGAGAUGAGAUCUAAACGUAGUGGUUCAAUCACACGGCUGCUAGAAAAAGCUGAUAGUAAAAUUAUUCCAAAAGAGGGGUUAGUUGGCACUCAGAACAAAAAUAUGAGUGUGUCACAGCAAAGAGUCUUCUGUUUGAAUAUACAGUUGGCAAUUUUUGUCAGUAAAAAAAAUAAUAUUAUCUUACACAUAAUCAUAUAAAUAUAUAUUUGCAUGUAUGUGUACUUAUAAGCUAUAAUAUUCUAAAGCACAUGUCAGGGAGUAGAAGCUAGAAAGCAAAGCUUGUGCAUGAAGAGAAGAACCUCUUGCUUGCACAAUGAGACUUUGAAACAAUAAGAAAAGAAUAAUGAGACUUAUAUAUCGUUUGAGAAAUUGAUUGAAAAGACAUAGUAAAACGAAAUUAUUUUAUACAUCAAUGUAACCUUAAUUCCUCUGACAGUUUGGUAUAUAUAUUGUAUUAUUGCAAGAAUUGAACAUGUAUUUCAUGUGUUUAAAUAAAAAGAAAAUUGAAGGAAAUACACAGAGGGAAUAGUUUGCUGUAAUUUAAAAAUUUACAAGGUGUAAAAGUUAAGACAUGUCUUUAUUAAAAAAAAAAAAAGUAAGACAUGCUAAAGAGGUAGAUUAAGGUUGUGUAAUAAUGAAAAAGGAAGAACAAGUAAAGCAGUUGCAGUAGUUGUUUAUCUUUGUUUAAUAAUCAUAUUAUGUCUCCUCUGUUAGUGUUAACUUCAACAGUUUUCUCUCUCUCUUAAAUGGUAAUUAUGAACUUUAUAUUGUUUAUUCUCUUCCUCUAGGUCUUUUAUUGUCACUAAACACAACUAUUAUUACUGUUUUAUUUGAUUCUAAAAAGGUUGGAACUUGAUGCUUGCUUUGUUGCUUGUGAAUCUCUCCUUAAUUUCAUUUUAUAUUUUCCCCUUUAAAAUUUCUUCAUUCUUCCCAAUUCAAGCUACAAACAGCAUUUGAUACCCUUUCAAGACCUAUCUGAUUUAGGUUUACUGUAAAAUGUAGAAAUCCCACCUAAAGAAUUUGAUUCUUAUUUUGUACUCCUAUUCAAGGGUACCACAAUCUUGGAGUAUCUCAAACAGGGCUUGUCUCAAUCUUUCUUUCAUUUAUUAAUUCCCCUCACAUUAUUGCUUCUCUGAUCCUAACAACUUGAUGCUAUCCAAUGGGGUUGUGUCAACAUACUUCAUUUAAAAAUUCAAAGUCCUUGAAGCUGAAGAGAUUAGUUAUGAGACAGUGACUUUGCUCUCUCUCUCUCACACUAUUAAAAGCGAAUCUACUUUUCCUUUCUAUUUUUUUUUUCUUUUCUUUACUAAGCUUCAUGUGAGCUGUAACUUAGCUAAAUCCAUUGCUUGUUCCUACUUUAUGCUCUGAAACUUCUCAGCUUUCUUUGUCUAUGAUAAGUCUAUUCUUCUCUUUAAUUAUUUUUUUUCUUCUCUUGACUUGAGUAGGAAUAAGCAUUUUAUCCUAGGCUUCUCUUUCCUUAAAGAACCUGUGACUUGCUUCUGCUAACAUUAGAUUUGAUGCUCUCUUGAUUUGUUUCUCUUUCCUCACUGUAUAAAAUCUACAAAACUGGUUUUAGCUUCCCUUGUCAAGAAGUCUUUUACAAAGUAGCAAACCUGAGUUUAAAGUUUCUUCUGUGGGUUCAAAUGGAUGGAGAGAGUAAUAAUGAAGGUGAGAUGGGGUUAAACCAUGGACAUGAUCCCUCAAUGCCCUUGUAUGCAAAGACAGAUCCUUACUUCUCUUCUUCAGAUUGGGAUCCAGUUGUUAAUGGUGGUGGCUUCUCAAGCUCCCAUUACCCUUCAGUGGUGAUGGACAAUCCAGGCAUGAGUUGCUUCACUCAUUUCCAAACCGCUUCUGGUUACCCGGACAUGCCUGCAAGUCUUCUUCCGUUUGGUGAUUGUGGAGGUGGUGGUGGGGAAAGUGUUGGAAGAUUGAUGAGAGCUGGAGAGUCUCAUGAUCAGGUUUUAGAUGAUGGUGUUCUUGGUUCUUCCCCAAGCAGAAAAAGAAGGCAAGCUGAAGCUGAAUCACAACGGAACAAGAAAGCUGUGGAGGAAUAUCAGGAAGACACUCAAAGGGGAAGUGAUCAGAACCAAAAGAAACACAAGGAUGGUCAGAACAAGGAGAGCUCACAGAGCGAAGAAGCACCAAAAGAGAACUACAUUCAUAUGAGGGCAAGAAGAGGUCAAGCCACUAAUAGUCACAGUCUUGCAGAAAGGGUUAGAAGAGAAAAGAUCAGUGAAAGGAUGAGACUGCUUCAAGAGCUUGUCCCAGGAUGCAACAAGAUCACUGGGAAAGCGGUUAUGCUUGAUGAGAUCAUCAACUAUGUUCAGUCCUUGCAACAACAAGUUGAGUUUUUAUCUAUGAAACUGGCAACGGUGAAUCCAGAAGUCAACAUUGAUAUAGACAGGAUUAUCGCCAAAGAUCUUCUGCAACCAAGGGAUAGAAACAUUCCUACACUUGGGCUGAAUCCUUUCACUAGUUUCCAAGGGAACAUUUCUACCACUACAAAUCCACAAUACAACCCAUUACCUCAGACAACACUAGAGAGUGAACUACAAAGCCUCUACCAAAUGGGGUUCGUCUCAAAUCCAUCAACUAUGUCUAGCUUCUCUCCUAAUAACGGUCGAUUGAAACCAGAGCUCUAGUACUUCAUGGAAAAUUUGAAGAGAGUUUGUAUAGAAGAUGGCUUUGGUUCUAAGUAUCAUAUAAUGUUUUUCCAUCAUUCCAUGUUAUUAUUAUUUUUUCUUAAAAAAACCAGAACGAUUUGAGUUCUCAGUUGUUGUUUUUUUCCUCAACGAAGAAUGCAUUUAUUAAAUAUUGAAUCAGAAUACAUUUACUAAAUGAACUUUGUAGGUGGAAGUUGAGAAUGAUUCAUGUUGUUAAG